AUGGAUGCGUUGAAUUCUCUGGAAUUUUCUGAUGAUCAGUUACGAAGCUUCCGUCAAAAACAGAUUCAAUCCAUUACGCUCAUUGCGCCUGAUCAUUGUUAUGACGCCCGCGCGCCCUACCUUGUGGAUCUUGUCCAACUCAGGGAAUUGAGAAAAUGUAUCAAAUUCUAUGGUUGCCAAGUCCCAUUGCUUAAUCUCGAGGCUUUCGACUGGGAUCAUGGGAAUGGUACCCGGUGGGAAGGAUUCAACUCACAUAAGCGCCAGGACAUAGAGAUUCCAGGUAACUUCUUUGCGCAAAGCGUGCUCAAUGUUCAGCUUGGAGACCAAAAGCUUAUUUUUCCACUCACGGGCAUGGAAAUGGCCUAUGCUUUCAAUAUCGAACACCUAAAGAGCUUAAAAUUGCGGAAUGGGCCAUGGUUUCUUGACUGGACCUCUAUCUCAUGCUUCCGGGGCCCAUCGAUUGGGGGCAUUGUCACAGAUAGAAUGCCAAGUCAUCGUGACCUCAAGCGCUUUGUUAUGCACUUUCUGGUGGGUAAACAUGGUUAUAUUUUCUUCGAUGGAGACAUAUCUCGAGCUUGUAUGUAUCGAUCACCGAUAUUUAAUCUCACAUUGCCGCUAACUGAAACCAAGGCCUGUCACUUACGAAGGAUGCAGCCAAGGCCGUUAUGCAAAUUGGUCCAUGAAGUAUACAACUUUGCACGGUGGGGAGACUUCUCAUAUGAAAGCCGCGAUUCGAAAUCCAAUACUUUCCUUUGUAGCCCUGAAAGUGGCUACGUGACUUUGGCUUCUUCUGACAUAUCGCCUUGGGACCUCAUUCAAAACAAUAUAGAUAUGCUGGCGCCCUGUCCUUUGGAGGACAUCGGAUAAUGUGUUCAACAGAACUCUCCACUGAGAACUGAAGAUAUAUUCCCACCUAUAUCGUUUACGGUAUUAUCUUUUUGACUACUAAUAGCAUAAAUGAGG